CUUGCCUGUCUGUUCAUUCACCUCCAACCAUCAACAGGGGUCAUACCUAUCACUUACAGCGAGGGCAACACAAUCAUUUUCAGGACUCUAAAUACAUCUCGGAUUAACUUCCAUUGCGAGAUCACAUUUUUUGGUAUUUUAUCAUGGACAUCUUAUUAUAACAUUUGAAUAUUCCUUAUUACAACAUUUGAAUAUUUUAAACGACUUUAUUAUUUUUUUUAUUCGCUGCAGAGAGUUUCAAAUACAUCAUUUUUUGAUUAGCAAUUUAUCAAUUGUGCACCUGGUUUAGGAGAUGGUGUCUAGGUUGCAGAUAUUGCUCUUGUUUUGGUUUGCGGUCGCUCUCACUUGGGCACAAGUUGCAUUCAGCGACGUAAUGGAUAAUGGAAUAAAAGAGGAACUAGAACAGACCGACGGACCACUGCUAGAUGAUGAGAUGGACAACCAGGAGAACGUUUUAACUCAGCUGCUGGGAGAUUAUGACAAAGUGAAAACGCUGUCGGAAGGCUCUGACUGUCGCUGUAAAUGUGUUGUCAGACCGCUGAGCAGAAGUGCCUGCCGGCGGAUAGAGGAGGGCGUCGCUAAGGCCGAAGACUUUUACACAGUGGAGACCCAAUCGGGGCCCAGUUGUAAAAAGUGUGCCUGUAUAGCCCCACCCUCUGCUCUGAAUCCCUGCGAGGGAGAAUACAGGUUCAAGAAGCUGCAGGAGGCGGGGAAAGAUGACAUCAAGCUCUCAACAGUAAUGGAGUUACUAGAGGGAGCGUUUUACGGGAUGGAUCUAUUAAAGUUGCACUCAGUUACAACCAAACUCCUCAACCGGGUUGACAAUAUAGAAAAGACCUUUUCUUGUAACCACACGGAGAAGGAUAAAGUGAGUAUGAGGAGCCCCUCUAGUGAGGAAAAGGAGAGAGAGAAGGAGAGAGAGGAGAGAAGAGCCCAGCAGUGGAUGGAAAAGAGAAAAGGUCUGACUGAGUUGCAGCCGUCCCUGCAGAAGGAUGCUAGCACAGAGAAGAAGUAUGAGGAGCGCUACAUUGGGGCCAAGGGCCAGGGGACCACCAGGCCCAUGCUGAAGAGGAGCCAGCAGCAAAACAGGGAGGAGCCCCAGAGGCCCAUGAAAGGCAAGGUGGGACUCAACGGCAUGGUCAUCAGAGGAGUGACUUUCUACAAGGCCAACACGGUGGACGAUGGAGCAGCUGAGGAGCUCACAGCAGACGAAGCCCUGAGCGGUGAUGGUUCCAUGGACAUGCUCAUCGAUGACCAGCUCCUGAGACCCACCCAGCCCAGACCUGUAGCAGGCACCCCGACACCAACAUCGCAAGACAGGAAGUGGAACCCAGACAACCAGGCCACCCGUGCCUCCAAAACAGCCCCUAGUCCCCAAGGGAAUCCCACCACAUCUGCCCCUAGAGCUACCGAGACACCAUCAACCACUGUCUUCAUCCCGACCACAACCAUUCCAACCACCACUACUACAAUGGUUGCGACAAGCGCAAGCACCACUCAACCAGUGGCCACUAGGAAACCUGAAACCUUGUCUGUUUUGACCACGUCUCGAACCGGUGCGGUGCGACAGGUCAACAGCACCACAGCCCCACCCAGCAAGGUGACGGGUGCACCCAAACCCAAGCAUCACAUCAGCUGGACAGAGGGCCCCUCAGAGGUCCCCUCGGCGAUCCCAAAAGUCCCUGGCAUGUGCAAAGACACUCUGGCCUCCAUCUCGGACCCAGUGACCCAUAACACCUACGGCCGGAAGGAAGGGGCCUGGAUGAAGGACCCAAAAGGCAACGGAAAUGUCAUAUAUGUCACCAACUACUACUACGGUAACCACCUACUGGAAUUCCAUGACAUGGACAACUUCAAACAAGGACACUUCACCAAUUCCUACAAGCUACCGUACAACUGGAUCGGCACAGGCCACGUGGUGUACAACGGAGCUUUCUAUUACAACCGCGCCUUCUCCCGUGACAUCAUCAAGUUUGACCUGCAUCUGCUCUACGUGGCGGCCUGGACGACGCUGCACGACGCAGUGUUAGAGGAGGAGGACGCCUCCUGGAGGUGGCGAGGACACUCGGAUAUCGACUUUGCGGUGGAUGAGAGCGGCCUGUGGUUAGUGUACCCUGCUCUGGAUGAGGAGGGCUUCCAUCAGGAAGUAAUCAUCCUAAGCCGUGUGAACCCGACCGACCUCAGCCUCCAGAGUACGUUCAGAACGGGCCUGAGGAGACACUUCUACGGAAACUCCUUUGUCAUUUGUGGUGUCCUGUAUGCGGUGGACAACUAUGAGCGCACCCACGCCAAUAUAUCCUACGCCUUCGAUACGCACACACACACCCAAAUGAUCCCCAGAAUACCUUUCACAAACAACUACACAUACACGACGCAAAUCGACUACAACCCCAAGGACAAAAAGCUGUACGCAUGGGACAACGGUCACCAGGUGACCUACAAUGUUAUAUUUGCAUAUUAAAAAGCAGACGAGUAGUGAUCCAUAUAAUAAAGGGACGAGCACUUUUUUGUAUUAAAGAUCCUAAAUAUAUACACUACCAUUCAAAGGUUUAAGAACACCUACUCAUUCAAGGGUUUUUCUUCAUUUGUACUAUUUUCUACAUUGUAGAAUAAUAGUGAAGACAUCAAAACUAUGAAAUAACACAUAUGGAAUCAUGUAGUAACCAAAAAAGUGUUAAACAAAUCAAAAUACAUUUUUUUAUUUGAGAUUCUUCAAUUAGCCACCCUUUGCCUGGAUGACAGCUUUGCACACUCUAUUUUAACCAGCUUCACCUGGAAUGCUUUUCCAACAGUCUUAAAGGAGAUUCCACAUAUGCUGAGCACUUGUUGGCUGCUUUUCCUAGACUUUGCAGUCCGACUCAUCGUAAACCAUCUAAAUUUGGUUGAGGUCGGGGGAUUGUGGAGGCCAGGUCAUCUGAUGCAGCACUCCAUCACUCUCCUUCUUGGUCAAAUAGCCCUUACACAGCCUGGAGGUGUGUUGGGUCAUUGUCCUGUUGAAAAACAAAUGAUAGUCCCAGUAAGUCCAAACCAGAUGGGAUGGCGUAUCGCUGCAGAAUGCUGUGUUAGCCAUGCUGGUUAAGUGUGCCUUGAAUUCUAAAUAAAUCCCAGACAGUGUCACCAGCAAAGCAUCCUCACACCAUAACACCUCCUCCUCCAUGCUUCACGGUGGGAAAUACACAUGUGGAGAUCAUCCGUUCACCCACACCGCGUCUCACAAAGACACAGCGGUUGGAACCAAAAAUCUCUAAUUUGGACUCCAGGCCAAAGGACAAAUUUCCAGCGAUCUAAUGUCUAUUCCUCGUGUUUCUUGGCCCAAGCAAGUCUCUUCUUUUAUUGGUGUCCUUUAGUGGUUUCUUUGCAGCCAUUCAAUCAUGAAGGUCUGAUUCACACAGUCUACUCUGAACAGUUGAUGUUGAGAUGUGUCUGUGCAUUUAUUUGGGCUGCAAUUUCAGAGGCUGGUAACUCUAAUGAACUUAUCCUCUGCAGGCAGAGGUAACUGGUUAUUCCUUUCCUGUGGUGGUCCUCGUGAGAGCCAGUUUUAUAUCGCUUGAUGGUUUUUGUGACUGAUUGGCUCAAACACAUUAAGAAGGAAAGAAAUUCCACAAAUUAACUUUUAACAAAGCACACCUGUUAAUUGAAAUGCUUUCCAGUUGACUACCUCAUGAAGCUGCUUGAGAGAAUGCCAAGAGUGUGCAAAGCUGUCAAAGGCAACGGGUGGCUAUUUGAAGAAUCUCAAAUAUAAAAUAUAUUUUGAUUUGUUUGGUUACUAUAGGUCUUAUUUCAUAGUUUUGUCUUCACUAUGUGAAAAAAUAAAAAAAAUAAAGCAAAACCCUUGAAUGAGUAGGUGUUCUCAAACUUUUGAACGGUAGUGUACAUUUGAUGUCUUAGUGGAUUGUAGAUCAGUCUACAGGGCCAUUGUGUUUUGCACUUUAUAAUCUCUGUUGCUCUGUUUGUGUUUUAUUUCUCAAAAUGUCUCCCAUUUUGUCCCAACACAUGUUAUUGUAUUUUUAUAUUUAAUGGUCACCAUUUAACUGCCCAAAUGGCAGCAGAUCAUUCAGCGAAGUAAGACACGGUUAUUUCUUACUGCUUGUUAGAAGUUUGAAAAGUGUAUGUUGUGUAUACUGUAAUUUAAAAUGAAGCUUUUAAUAAAAUAAAUGCCUUCAAACAUGAA